AUGGUCCUAAAAUAUCAUCGUCGUCUUAUUUCAACAUCACUUUUUAUUGAUGAAAUUAUGAAAUUAAUCAAACGAUAUUUUAUUGUUAUCACUGUUUUUUUCCUUUUUUAUCUCGCAAUAAUAAAUAAAAAUCGUCUUUUUCCUCGUCUUGUUUUUGGACAAUUUCAUCUUAUAUCAACUGAAUCAAAUCAAACAGUAAAUGUUCGUCAAUCACAAUUAUAUGAACAUGAAAUAUCAAAUGGAGGUAUAAUAACACUUUAUGAUGUAACUCAAGAUAACGAAUGGGAUUUUCAAUGUCCAAAAACUCAAUAUAAUGAAGCAGAUAUUACUGAUGUACGAAUAUGUAUUUAUGAUCCUCAACAUGAUGAACAUGUUAGUGGACAAUUGAAUGAUCAUGGAAAAUGGGAACCUGUUGUUGUAAGAAGUUUUCUUCGUCUAUUAAGAGCAUUACCAAAUACACAUGUGAUUGAUAUUGGUGCUAAUCUAGGUUUAUAUACAUUAUUAGCAACUAAAUAUGAUCGUCAUGUUAUUGCUGUUGAACCUUUAUAUGAUUCUCUUAUUCGUUUACAUAAAUCAAUUCAAAUCAAUAAUGUUCAACAUCAAGUAACACUUAUUGCAAAUGCCAUUGGAGUAAAACAUGAACGUUUAGCAUUAAAUAUUGUUGAUAAAAAUUUAGGUGCUUCGUAUUUAUCUUAUCUCGAUCAAUUAGCACCAUCCGAUAAAAAAUUAGAAAAACUUGUUGAUGAACAACAUGGAAUUCCACCACGCGUACUUGCAGAAGUUGAUACAAUAACACUUGAUGAUUUAGUUUCAAUCUAUCCAAUUUUUUUUAAACGAGCUAUUCUAAAAAUGGAUAUUGAAGGUUUUGAAGCAUUAGCAUUUAGUAAUGCAUCAGUAUUAUUUAAUCGAACAGAAAUACCAGCUAUUUAUAUGGAAUUUGGAAAAUUAAUUGAAAUUAAAUAUCAUCGUGGAAUGAUGAAAAAAAUUGAAGAAAUGUUAAGUUUUUUAAAAAAACGAAACUAUGAACCUUAUGAAGUUAAUGAUAUUAAUCAUAUUUUAUAUGAUAAUUGGGAAUCAUGGCCAUGGGAUGUAGCUUUUCGAAGAUGUGAUAUAUGUCGAUGUCCAGGAUUAGAAAAACUUGUUGGAUCUGCUGAAUGA